GUGUUGCAUUCUUGAAUCAUGAUAAUAUUAGUUGGUUGUAUCACUUGUACGGUCGAUGAAAAUUAGUCACUUUUUUUGAUAAAGUUGUGGUAGUCAAUUCUGUAUUUCUGUAUCGAGAAAUAUUCCUCUGUUAUAAAUUAUUCUAGUAGUGUUUACUGUUUUGCUUGGCGAGGAUCGCGAGGAAAAACCAAAUAUCUCAGAAGAUGAGUGGUGACACAUAUGGACCCUGUUCUCAAACUCUUACGUUUCUCGAUACCGAAGAAUCGGAUCUGAUAGGACCCGAAUUCGAUUUUAACGAAUUCACGUUACCAUCGCAAAGUCAAACUCAAUAUUCGGGGCAAAUACACUUGAACGGUAAACUGAACGGAGAUGUGAAAAGUUACGGUGUAUCAGGAGUUAGCCAAAAAUUGGGCGAGCUACACUUCGACGAAGAAGAAGAUGAAGAUGCGUAUUAUAAUAAAGAGUUACCGGCAUUCGCAUGUAAAUAUUGCGCCAUUCAUGAUCCUAGCUGUGUGGCAAUGUGUAAUAUAUGUAAAAAAUGGUUUUGCAAUGGUCGCGGAAAUACUUGCGGAUCGCAUAUUGUUAACCAUUUAGUUCGAGCUAAGCAUAAGGAGGUAACUCUUCAUAAAGAUGGUCCUUUGGGAGAAACCGUCCUGGAAUGCUAUGCUUGUGGUAUGCGAAAUGCGUUCGUUUUAGGGUUCAUACCAGCUAAGGCGGAUUCUGUUGUGGUGCUACUAUGUCGACAACCUUGCGCAGCUCAAAAUUCCCUGAAAGAUAUGAGCUGGGAUCAAGAACAAUGGAAACCGUUGAUAGAAGAUCGAUGUUUCUUAUCGUGGUUGGUUAAAAUACCCGCAGAUCAAGAUCAACUUCGAGCUCGUCAAGUAACGUCAGCUCAAAUAGGUAAACUAGAAGAACUCUGGAAAGAUAACAUCGAUGCCACUGUGGCAGAUUUAGAAAAACCAGGAAUCGACGUUGAACCUCAACAAGUACUUUUAAGAUACGAAGAUGGAUAUCAAUAUCAGAAUAUUUUUGGUCCCUUGGUUAAAUUGGAAGCGGACUACGAUAAGAGGUUGAAGGAAUCCCAAACUCAGGAUAAUAUCACCGUUCGUUGGGAGGUUUUGCUGAAUAAGAAAGUAGUAGCUUACUUUAAUCUCGCUAAAACUGACGGAGAUAUGAAAUUAAUGCACGGUGAAGAGCUGAGAUUACGAUAUAUCGGAGAGGUAACCAAGCCUUGGUCUGGAGUCGGUUAUGUUAUCAAGAUACCAGAUAAUUUCGACGAUGAAGUUGGCUUAGAAAUGAAAACUAGCCAAGGAAUACCUUUCAAAUCCACCAGUAAAUUCGCGUUAGAUUUUAUCUGGAAAUCAACGUCAUUCGAUAGAAUGCAACAAGCUUUGAGGAAAUUUGCUAUUGACGACACUUCUGUAUCCGCUUAUAUUUAUCAUCGUUUGCUUGGACAUGACGUUGAUGAUGUAUUAUUCAGAUCACACGGUUCUGAAAACUAUUCAGCUCCUAAUUUACCAGAAUUGAAUCGAUCACAAGUAUACGCUGUAAAACAAGCGAUUCAAAGACCCUUAUCUUUGAUUCAAGGGCCUCCUGGUACAGGGAAAACCAUCACUUCGGCGACUAUUGCUUACCAACUGGCCAAAUUGAAUACCGGACCUGUAUUAGUUUGUGCUCCUUCAAACACAGCCGUCGAUCAGUUGACAGAGAAAAUCCAUAAGACUAAUUUAAAGGUUGUGAGAGUUAUGGCCAAAUACAGAGAAGCCAUCGAUUCACCGGUUGCUUUCUUAGCUUUGCAUAAUCAGCUCAAAAAUUUAGAUAGUAACUCCGAAUUGAAGAAGUUACAACAACUUCGAGAAGAAAGUGGCGAACUUUCGGCGGCCGAUGAAAAAAGAUACAGAGUUUUGAAGAAAUCCGCCGAACGUGAGCUACUCGAAGCUGCCGAUGUAAUUUGCUGCACCUGUGUCGCCGCCGGAGAUCCACGUCUAGCGCGUAUGAAGUUUCAUUCUAUAUUGAUCGACGAAUGUAUGCAAGCUUCCGAACCGGAGUGUAUGAUUCCAACGGUAUUGGGAUCGAAACAGCUUAUUUUAGUUGGAGAUCACUGCCAGCUUGGUCCAGUCGUUAUGUGUAAGAAAGCUUCGAGAGCUGGUCUUUGUCAAUCGUUGUUCGAACGCUUGGUUGUUCUCGGUAUCAGACCAUUCCGUUUAGAAGUUCAGUAUCGUAUGCAUCCAGAAUUAUCGCGCUUCCCGUCCAUUUUGUUCUACGAAGGAUCUAUGCAAAAUGGUGUUUGUGCUGAGGAGAGAAAACUACCGGGAAUCGAGUUCCCCUGGCCAGCUCCGGAUAAACCGAUGUUAUUCUAUGUAACUCAAGGUACUGAAGAAAUCGCCGGAUCUGGUACAUCAUAUUUGAAUCGAGCUGAAGCAUCCAGCGUUGAAAAAAUAGUCACAAGAUUCUUACGUUGCGGUGUAAAACCUGAACAGAUCGGUAUUAUAACACCGUACGAAGGACAGAGAGCAUAUUUGGUACAAUGUAUGCAGUAUCAAGGAGCACUGCACGCCCGUUUGUACCAACAGAUCGAAGUAGCCAGCGUAGACGCGUUUCAAGGUCGUGAAAAAGAUAUAAUUAUCAUGUCUUGCGUACGUUCCAACGACCAUCAGGGGAUCGGUUAUUUGAACGAUCCGCGACGGUUGAACGUUGCUUUGACCAGAGCCAAGUAUGGUCUUAUCGUGGUCGGAAAUCCUAAAGUUUUGUCCAAACAAACCUUAUGGAAUCAUUUACUCAAUUUCUACAAAGAACAGAAAGUGCUAGUGGAAGGACCGCUGAGUAAUUUGAAAGAAAGCGAUAUCCAGUUCACUAAGCCUAAACAGAUCGUGAAUUCGGCAAAUCCUUGAUCUCAUUUUAUGUCUACUACCGUCUAUGAUGCCAGAGAAUCCAUCGUACGAGAUAAUCCAACCGCACAGUCAAAACAUGUCGCAAGUACGUCUAGGUUAUUAACAUAGAAAACAAAACGCGCAAACCAACACGAAACGUCUCCAUUGGACCGUUAAUUUUCAUCGCAGAGGAACGGCUACGUAACUGUACGUAACAAAACAGAAAAAAAUGUACCUUUUAAGCGCAGUUUUACUAAAUAAAGUUACUCGUAUUUUCGGUCGAAU